CCACGGUUGUGUGGAAUGACGUCAUAGCAAGACAUUUGUCAACAAAAAAGAAACUUGUGAUAUUUAGUCAUAAUCUAUUGAAGAAAAAACUUAUUUCCCAUCACCAAAAAUGGGUUGUAUUAUUGGAAGUUUAGCAUGUUGUGUGGGCAGUGCAGCCUGCAGCCUCUGUUGUGCAUGCUGUCCAUCCUGCAAGAAUUCCACAUCAACGAGGAUCGCAUACUCCAUGAUGCUCCUGUUCGGAACCAUAGUGGCUUCAAUCAUGCUGGUGCCCAGCUUGAGGUCAAAGUUGGAUAGUAUACCUGGGCUUUGUAAGAACUUUGUAUCAGUGGACCUUGGACCGGGAAUGUCAUGGGAAAAGGACAGUUCAUUACUGAAGUCCCAGCAGUGUGACAAUGUCGUAGGAUACCUAGCUGUGUAUAGAGUCUGCUUCUCCAUGGCGGCAUUCUUUCUCCUCUUUUGCGUUCUGAUGAUCAAAGUCAACUCUUCAAAAGAUCCACGAUCCAAAAUACAGAAUGGGUUCUGGUUUUUCAAGGUUCUGAUCAUGAUCGGCAUCUGUGUUGGGGCUUUCUUCAUUCCCAGAGGAGAAUUUGGAACAGCAUGGAUGUGGAUCGGCCUGAUUGGAGGUUUCCUAUUCAUUAUAAUACAGCUGAUUCUACUGAUUGACUUUGCGCAUGGCUGGAGCGAGAGUUGGGUUGAGAAAUAUGAGGAAACAGAGGCUAAAUGCUGGUAUUACAGUUUGCUGUUUUUCACCAUAUUUUUUUAUGCCAUUUCACUGACUGGAAUCGUCCUGUUCUACCUUUACUACGCCCAUGAGAGUGAAUGUGGCCUCAACAAGUUCUUUGUAAGUUUCAACAUGAUUCUGUGCGUGGCCGUGUCUGUCAUUUCCAUUCUGCCAAAGAUACAGGAAGCCCAGCCAAGAUCGGGUCUGCUUCAAGCAUCCCUGAUCACAGCCUACGUGACGUACCUGACUUGGUCUGCCAUGACCAACAGCCCAGACCGUGCUUGUAACCCCAGUCUGACCCAGAUUACGUUCAACAAGGAUACGAAUAUCACGACCCAGAGUCCUCACGACCUCUCCUACGGCAAAAACUUCGACUGGAGCUCCGUUGUGUCCCUCGCCAUCUGGCUAUUUGCUGUCCUGUAUUCAAGCAUCCGAACCUCCACCAACAGCCAAGUAGGAAAGAUCACAAUGUCUGAGAAGACCAUACUACAGAGCGAUACAGGUUCAGACAAGGUCCCUUUGACUGUAAAUGGCAGUAACUAUCAUAAAGGCUCCAAUGACAACGGUGAUGAGGAGAAAGGCGGUCAACACGUCUGGGACAAUGAGGAGGACGGCACGGCCUACAGCUACUCCUUCUUCCACUUCAUGCUGCUCUUGGGCUCCCUCUAUGUCAUGAUGACACUCACAAACUGGUUCAAACCCAGCUCAGACUUCAAGACCCUGAACUCCAAUAUGGCGGCCGUCUGGGUGAAGAUCGUGUCCAGCUGGCUCUGCAUCAUCCUCUACGUGUGGACGCUAAUUGCCCCCGUUGUUCUCAAGGACAGAGAGUUCAGUUAGAGCGGUUCUACCCUUUUGGUAUAAAAAUGCCAUGGAUGGUGAUUUCACCAUGGCUAUCUCCCUUUGAGACAUAAACACCAUGGAUAUUAUGAGCCAUGGAUAUGAUGAACUAUAGAUUUUUUUUUGAAAAGAUGUUGUUUUGGAAACUUGAACAAAUUGGAAAUGAGUGAAAAAAGACGUGUUUAUAAAUAACAUUGUAAAAUGUAAAUAUUGAUUUAAAUUCUAUUCAUAUACUGGUAGUUGGAUGUGCACAUUGUGUUGUAAUAAUGUCCAUUUUAAUAUACAAUCUGCAAUUGAUAAGUGAGCAUGUGGUGAUAUAUUGAUUGCAUUGAAAUGCUUUUUGUUCUCAUUUCAUCAUGUGAUCUUGGUAACUAUUGUUUCAUGAUCUAAAUAAGACGGCAUUUUAAAUUGAAAAUAAGCUGUAAUAGAUGAUAUUAUUAGACAUUAAGGGAGGAAGUCAUUUACAAUUUAUCUCAAGUACAUAAUCCAGGGGUGAAUGUGACAAGCAGGGUUUGAAAUAGGUUUUGAAAAGGGCAGGGUGCUGCAAAAGAGGGACAGGGUGCUAAAGGGGAAAAGGGGACAUUGUAUGGGGUUGGUAUAAAGGACUGGAACAAUAUGAAUUUAACAGAAAAAUUCACCAAUUGUGUUUAAUUAAAGUAAUAUUAAGUUUCAACUGCCAAAUAUGUAAAAUGAGUUUGUAUUUAGAAUCAUAUUACAAGUUUAAACCAAAACAAAAGACUGGUUUGAUUAUCUUAAGAAUUUACUUCUAUGAAGGCAGUAGGGUGUAUAUUCUGGCCUCCAUGAGGACAGAAGAGUGCUUCCAAAUAAAGACAGGCUGCAGCACCCUGCCAUAACUCGUAAGCUAAAAUCCAGAAAAUGUCUAUAUGUUUCUUUGUUUAAUCACAAGAACUUGUUCACAUUGGACCCACACUAUCUGUUAUUGUGUUGAUGUACAUGCUACAUUUAAAGUUAAACCUUAUUGUAUUGUUAGAGAGAUAUUCAUAUUGUUCCUAAUUGAUGGUUAUCAUGAUAUCACUUUCAUUUCUGAGUUUGUGUGUUCUCAUUUCUAUGAUAUAAUCAAACCAUUCUAUGAUAGUGUGUAAUAAUGGUUUCAAAUUAUGUGUACUAACCUACUGCUGUUUGCAAAAAGACUUGGCAAUAUGAGGUUUUAGAGCAUUGGGUUGUGGUUUUGAUAAACCUGCCCUAAUCCAUGAUUGUUUUCUUUUAAAUGAUAUAAGUUUCAUAAACAUCUAAAUACAACCAGUAACGGUGCUGAUAUUUUGGCCAUUUUCUGUUGCUUAAUCAGUCCAGCGUGAUCAAAAUUGGUCAAAACAGGCAAAUUGUUGAAUUUCAGCAGGCCUGAAAGGGGAAACACUAUCACUUGAGAGAAACAGAUUUAAAGAGAGAUUUAAACUUCCUGACUAUGCUGAAACCUAAAUGAAAAGAUAUUUGGGUAUUCCAGUGAUUGACAGUCCAAAACAGCAUCAGUGACUUCAGAUGAGUUUUCAAAUCCACUAUGUUGUGUCGGACUUUUACAGUUUGAGCUGUAUAAUAAGAAAUUUGACCAUUGUUUAACAAAUUGAUAAGUUUUUGCAAACAGUAGCAUUUAAUGCUUGAACAUAUUGCCUACAUUCAUUUCUGAAAGAGAUGCUUAAUAUGAAUAGUGAAAUAGCUUUUAAUCUUUGAUAAAAAAAAAAAUUGGUUUUUAAGAUAUUUUGUCUGCUCUGUACUGUUACUUUUAUAGAUAUUGUGUUAAUAAAAAUCACAGAAAUCCUG